CGUUAUACGGAAGUUGGUAUUGAAGUGUUCUAUUUUUUUUUCCUUUUAGUAACUGGGAUGAGCCCUUUGUCACCGUAUUUAAACUUGGACCCCAAGUACCUAGUACAGGAUACAGAUGAGUUUAUCUUGCCCACAGGAGCCAACAAAACUCGAGGCAGAUUUGAGCUGGCCUUUUUUACCAUUGGAGGAUGUUGUAUGACAGGGGCAGCAUUUGGUGCAUUGAAUGGUUUAAGACUUGGCUUGAAGGAGACACAGAAUAUGGCAUGGUCAAAACCUAGAAACGUACAAAUUCUAAAUAUGGUGACAAGACAAGGAGCGUUAUGGGCUAACACUCUGGGAUCACUGGCUCUACUUUACAGUGCAUUUGGAGUCAUCAUUGAAAAAACACGAGGUGCAGAAGAUGACCUGAACACCAUAGCUGCUGGAACCUUGACAGGAAUGCUAUACAAAAGCACUGGUGGAGUGCGCGGGAUAGCACGAGGUGGGAUCGCAGGCCUGACGCUGACCGGCCUCUACGCCCUGUACAACAACUGGGAGCACAUGAAGGGCUCCCUAGCCCGGCAGUCCCUGUGAGCAGGGCAGAGGACACGCUUGCUUAGUCACCAAUCAAAUCAGUUGUGAGAUCUAUCUGGUGCCCCUUGCUAUUUUAUUUACAAUUAGUGUGAAACUGAUGGAAGCUGUGCUGGAAGGAACGUCUUGACACCGUGUGGCUGGACUGGCCCUUCCUGCCAGCCAGUUGCUGGACAGGCAACAAUAUUUGUUGGACGUGCAAGUGAACAGAGUGGCCAUGGCCACCGAGACAGUCUCCCUGCCACGCUCCCCAAGCAGCCCUGGCCAGAGCUGCCAGGCAUGCUGGGUCCCCAUAGCUGCUCCUGCUCGCUGCCAGGUUUGUUGGGUGCCUGUAAGGUCUGUCCACAGAGCAUUCCCAGCACCUCACUGGCCAGGCCAGCAGCACAGCCCCAGUAGCCAUGGCACAGGCAGGGCUUGCUAUUCUGACAGCACAAGGCAAGCUAGCACAAGGGACAUCAUCAGAAUAAAAAGGGUGGUCUUACUCAAUACCAUUUCUAUCCUUUGCUCUUCCUGCUACAAAAGUGUGCUGCAUCCAGUGACCUAUUUAUGGAUUCAUUUUAAAGGACCAGUGUGGUGAAAUCCUGGGGGAAUUGGUGGGUGAGGGGAAGUGGACAAGCAGUGUGGUCAUCUCUUGAUGGGUGGUUAUGGUAAGGCACAGCAGGGCUUGACUUCACUCCCUUAUUUGCUCUAACAAAUAAGGACCUGGUUGUUUAUGGAUGAAAUACAGUUGCUGUUGCAGAACAGCUGCCAGUUGAUUAUCAAAACAUUUGGGCGCUCCAAUAUCUGAGAACUGAUUCAGCCAACAAUUAUAAACCAAACAGUAUAAAGACUGCACUCAUUACCUAUUACAGAAGUUUUAAUUGGCAAGAAAGUUUUUGCCUGAAGUGCCAUUCAUGGGUUAUUGGUGGAAUAAAGACUGCGAUGAACCUA